UCCUGAUGAAUCCGGAUACGUCGCUUGAUUGGUCAUCCUGGCUGCUGCCUGUCACAGGGAAGGGAGGACAACAUUUAACAACAUGGAUGAUUGAAAAUACCUGAGAAUUCGACACAGUCUUGGAUAACAGCAAACUGCAAACAUGACAAAUGUGUACUCGUUCGAUGGGAUUGUGGUGUUUGGGCUUCUGUACAUCUGUACGUGUGCGUACCUCAAGAAGGUGCCUCGCUUAAACAGUUGGCUACUUUCUGAGAAGAAGGGAGUGUGGGGGGUGUUCUAUAAAGCUGCAGUGAUUGGGACCAGACUCCACCAUGCUGUGGCUAUAACCUGUCUGUCGAUGGCAUUGUACCUCGUUUUCUUAAAGUGACAGCGUCAGUCUGGACUGGACUGAGAUGGACUGAUCCAGGGCAGGCUUGGCUGUGCUUUGCAGAGCUGGAUUGGGCUGCACUGGGUUGCCACCCAUGGAAACUUCGGACCGUGUGCCCCCAGAACACCAAUUCAUUCACCCAGUAACCUCAAAGGACAUGUAUAAAGGACAAGCUAAUACUGCCCCCAGGUGGUGAUAAAGAUCCCAGUCACUCUCUGCACUCUUCUACACCUGUGUGCGUCCCAAAAACAUCUCCUUUCUCCUGAAGUGAGCACUCGUUCGCUACACCCCACAAAUGUAAAAGCAUUGGAUUGGAGUUGGCAUGGGGUUAGGAAGUUUCCAUAUACCAGUGAUUUCUGUUCAGAGCUUAUGAAGGGGAGUGUUCAAGUGCACAUUUGGGGAGAAAGGAGAGACGACAGGGACGCAGGCGUUGUAUCCAUCCCUGCACAACACCACCGUCACCCAGUUUAACCUGUGUUUACUGUACACAUCCCAUUAGAACACGGUUUGUCAAUCUAUUCUCCAGGGGCACAUGUUUGUCUUAGCUCAGCACUAACACAUGUUUGUCUUAGCUCAGCACUAACACAUGUUUGUCUUAGCUCAGCACUAACACAUGUUUGUCUUAGCUCAGCACUAACACAUGUUUGUCUUAGCUCAGCACUAACACAUGUUUGUCUUAGCUCAGCACUAACACAUGUUUGUCUUAGCUCAGCACUAACACAUGUUUGUCUUAGCUCAGCACUAACACAUGUUUGUCUUAGCUCAGCACUAGCACAUGUUUGUCUUAGCUCAGCACUAACACAUGUUUGUCUUAGCUCAGCACUAACACAUGUUUGUCUUAGCUCAGCACUAACACAUCAUUUCCCUCCAUUUAUUUUUCCCCACACCAAAUACACACACAACAAUUUAUAGACAAACACAAACAACUACUACAUUUCCCCUGCCCAGACCCGCAUGCUCACACACCCAUCCCUAGUUCCUGCAUUGUUUGCCAUAUGGCCUGAAACGGUACCAUUUUGUUUCUCUGUAGCCCACGCACUUUCAAUAUUGAAAUAAUAAAUCAUAGAUAUUUCCAUUGUGUUAA